AUGGAACGAGUCGGUCGGUCGUCGACGCUCGGCUCCACAGAUGAAGUCGAGUUGGAACCGAGCGGAACUUCAGCCACAAUCCAUCUUGAUAUGACCACAGGUGAGACGAAGACUAAUAUUCCCUCGGAAAAUGACAAAUAUCAGUCUCAGGCGGCGGCUCGUCUGGUGAUUUCAACCCUUUUGGUGCCAUUGAUGAAGUCCGAUUCAAGCAAGACGAAGAACUUCCGGACAUCAUGGCCCCGCCUUUCUUCAGGUAAAAAUUGAAUAAACUACUGAAAUUAUCUAUAUUUUUCAGUAAAUAUGGUGAUUUUCACACGAUCGAUUGGCAAAGAGACCUCGCAAGAGACCGGUUACGGCACAAAAUGAUAGCGAGAAAAAAGUGAGAAAAGUUGAAAAGAACAGUAAUUUUCAUAACAUUUUCGAGGUUCAGAGUCGACUUUCCUUUGGGUCUACUGCAGUCCGGAUGGGACGCUGGAGCCGGUUGGAUCUGUGUGCUCUUCGUUGGACUGGCAGCCGGAGCAACAGCAGGAAUCAUCGAUAUCGGAGCCAGGUGGAUGAGUGAUUUGAAGGUAAACAAUUGUAGAAAUCGCUUAAUUCAGAAAUAAAUUGAUUGCAGACAGGAGUGUGCGCCGACCGUUUUUGGUUGGAUCGGGAGCACUGCUGCUGGUCUUCGAACGACACUUUCUACAAGGACGACGACUGCAAAGCAUGGACGAAAUGGCCGUGGAUGCUCAAUUAUUACAACUCUUCGAGCUUCCUUUUCCUUUUUCUCGAAUGGAUAUUCUACAUUGGCUGGGCCGUUGCCAUGUCCACUCUCGCCGUUCUUUUCGUUAAAAUUUUCGCCCCGUACGCUUGUGGAUCCGGAAUUCCGGAAAUCAAAUGUAUUUUGUCUGGCUUCGUAAUCCGCGGAUAUUUGGGUAAAUGGACGUUCAUCAUCAAGUCUGUUGGCCUCAUUCUCUCAUCUGCUUCCGGACUUUCACUCGGAAAGGAGGGCCCGAUGGUUCAUUUGGCUUGUUGUAUCGGAAAUAUCUUCUCGUAUCUUUUCCCGAAGUACGGACUGAACGAAGCGAAGAAAAGAGAGAUCCUUUCGGCCUCGGCUGCCGCAGGAGUCAGUGUCGCUUUCGGUGCUCCGAUCGGAGGAGUUCUGUUCAGUUUGGAAGAAGCUUCCUAUUAUUUCCCACUCAAAACAAUGUGGAGAUCCUUUUUCUGUGCUCUCGUCGCUGGAAUUAUUUUGAGAUUCGUGAACCCUUUUGGAAGUAAUCAGGUGAGAUCCAGCUUCAUUUUACUCGAAAUUCAGUUAUACCAUUCUUCAGACAUCUCUCUUCCACGUGGAUUACAUGAUGAAAUGGACGUUCAUUGAGCUGGUUCCGUUCGCAAUGCUCGGUCUUUUCGGAGGAAUUCUCGGCAGCAUGUUCAUCUUUGCCAAUAUUCGGUUUGUUCUACGAAUCUCCCUCCAAUUCCAAUUGCCUAUUUCAGCUGGUCUCGUUUCCGGAAGAACUCGAAGACUCUCGGAGGCAAUCCGAUCUACGAGGUCAUGAUUAUCACCCUCAUCACCGCCGCCAUUUCAUACUUCAACCCAUUCACUCGCAAGUCCGCCCAAUCCAUGAUCCAGCAGUUAUUCGACCGUUGCGAAGAUCAAAUCGACGAAGAUUCCCUAUGCGAUCAGAACAAAGCACUGAGCAUCGCAUUCGGACAACUCCUCUGGGCGCUUGUUUUUAAGUUCGUAAUCACCAUUUUCACAUUCGGUAUCAAAGUUCCGUGCGGUCUGUUCGUGCCGUCCAUCGCGAUGGGAGCGAUCGCCGGAAGGAUUCUCGGAAUCACCGUCGGACAGAUUUUCCGAGCAGUUCAAGCGACUCCGGGGCACUCGGAGUACUUCACCUGCCAGAUCGGAAAAGAUUGUGUCAUGCCCGGAUUGUAUGCUAUGGUCGGGGCGGCCGCAGUACUGGGAGGAGUCACUCGAAUGACGGUAUCCCUCGUCGUCAUCAUGUUCGAGUUGACCGGAAGUCUCGAGUUCAUUGUCCCGACCAUGGUGGCCACGAUGUUCUCCAAAUGGAUCGGAGACGGAAUCUCCAAAAUGGUAUCUCCCAUACUUGUUCUUUCCAUUUUCACUACUCCUUUCCAGGGAAUCUACGAAGCGCACAUUGAACUGAACGGCUAUCCGUUUUUGGAUUCGAAGGGAGAGUAUCCGUACUCGACUGUCGCUUCCCAGGUGAUGCGCCCGUCGAUUAACCGACAACCGGUGGACGAGAUGUCGAUGAGCGAUCUGAGAGAAUUGAAAAAUGAGCUGAGUGUGAUCACGGAGAGCGGAAUGACUCUCGGGGACCUGGAAAGUCUCCUCAGACAGACUGAUUUCAACGGAUUCCCGGUCGUCGUCUCGCAGAACAGUAUGCAUCUCGUUGGAUUCGUUACGAGGUAAAAUAAACGAAAAGCGGUCGUUUUGUACUGAAAAUUCCAGAAGGGACAUCUUCCUCGCACUGCACACGGCUCGAAAGACUCAGCCGUACGUCGUCACCAACUCGACCGCCUAUUUCUCGGACGGAGUUCUCGAUUCAGUCCCUGGCGGACCGGCUCCGUUGCGACUGAAGAAGAUUCUGGACAUGGUAAGAGUUCCGUGAACUUCAUGUCAUAAUGGGAAAUCCUGCAGGCGCCGAUGACAGUAACCGAUCAGACGCCGAUGGAGACGGUGAUCGACAUGUUCCGAAAACUAGGACUCCGUCAGGUGCUCGUCACGAAGAACGGAAAAGUACUGGGAAUCAUCACCAAAAAGGACAUUCUUCAGUUUAUGCGAAACAAAAACUCACAAUAG